GCCCAAAAUAGUUUUUUUUGCUCGACUUCGCACGAUUUUAUGCGACAAGCCACUUGAAAUAUUUGCUUCCCACACUGUUGAUAUCGGCAGUAACUUAUUAGUAGUACGCGUCUUAUACUGCGAACUACAAGUCGCGCUAUAAUUCUAUGCUCAUAUUCGCAUACAAGGAUAUCGCAUUUUUCCAACUCUACAUUUCCUACCGUUGCCUACGCAAAUAACUCCCUCUUCCUUGCCCAACACCUUCUAAUAGUCGCCGAGUCGCCUUGCGCUGUUACGAUAAUCUUAUUGCCGACUCCAUUUCUACGUGAAAACCCUUCUACGAGGCGAGACCACCGAUGACCACGAUUACUUGAGAGCAUCGCGGCUUCGCAGACGCCCACAAUGCCGGGCAUCGUGGAGCCAGAAUCCACUGAGAAGGGCGAUGCUCCUAUCGAGCUUCCUAUCGAUGAUACCCCUCCACGCCCUUAUGUCGUCUUUAAACAGAAUGUCGAUAUCGAAAUCGACUUUGCUAGGCAGCGUGUCCACGGUCGAUCCGAGAUACUCGUCGUUCCUAUCGAGGACGUUUCCGAGGUGUUUAUCGACGCCCGCCAAUGCGAAAUCGAUGUAUCUCAGAUCUUAGUCAGUAAUUGCAAGGUGGAAGCGUCGUAUUUAGACCCGUGUGAUUUAAUACAGACGCCUAAGAACUACCGCUUGUCAGCAUCACACUGGGCGAUCAAGAAGCAUCGUAUGAAGCCGUUAUUGCACCAUCGACGUAAAGAGGUUUCGGCCUUCGAUCACGAAUUUAAGUGCUGCACGCCGCUGAAUGGAUCGGUUAGGAUUAAGCUUCCAACUAAGGAUGAAGUGCUGCAGAAGAAUAAGAACCUCCAGAAGUCGGAAUUGCAAGAAAUGCUUAUUACCGCGAAUGGCGUAGUAGGCGGCUAUAGGAUCUGCAUACCUUUCAAGGUGAAAAACACGAACGACGGUUUCCAAUUUGUCGGCUGCAACGAGCGAGAUACUCGAUAUCCGCACGUUUAUACGCGUCAUUCACUCGAACCUGGCACGGCAUCUGCCAUCUUUCCGUGUAUCGAUGACCCUGGCUCCCGAAAUUCGUGGAAGAUCUCCGUUACAUGUCCUCGCACUCUCGGCGAUGCCUUCCGCCGGCUACCCGUGACACAACAGUCCAGGGGUAUUGGUGAUCCAAAUGGAAAUCGCAAAAGGAAGCGUGAUGAGGAAGAUUCUCAAGGCUACGAGAAAGAUGGAGGCUGGGUUGAGCUUACCGAAGAAGACAAGAUGCUGGAUAUGACAGUCGUCUGCUCGGGUCAACUCCAGGGAGAAAUGGCUCACAAAGACGACGAAACGAAGAAAAUAAUGACUUUCGAAAUUGAACGUAACAAGGCAGCGAAACAUGUCGGCUUUGCCGUUGGCCCUUUUGAGCAUGUGGACUUGUGGUCAGAAUUCCGUCGAGAGGAGGACGACACUAAGCUUGGUGACAGUGCGGUCAAAGUUCAUGGGUACUGUCUUCCAGGCCGUGCUGAAGAGGUCAGAAGCACCUGUUGUACCCUCGUCACGGCAGUAGAUUACUUGGUACUCUCUUUUGGACGGUAUCCCUUCGACAGCUACAAAAUAUGCUUUGUUGAUGACAUGAUUGAGGAUACCGUACCGCUGUGUGCCUUCUCCUUAUGUAGCAACAGGCUACUCUAUCCCCAGGACAUCAUGGAAAACGAAGUGGAAGUUGCAAGAAAGCUGGCGUACUCACUAUCGUGCCAGUGGUUCGGGGUCAAUAUUAUUCCCAACACCAAAGCAGACACCUGGCUCGUCGUCGGGAUUGCGUGGUACCUAACUGAUCACUUUAUGAAGUACUUAUGCGGUAACAACGAUUUUAGGUUCCGAAUGAAGUCAAUGGCAGACCGGCUCGUCCAACUUGAUAUCAGACGGCCCUGCUUGCAGGAUCUUGGCGAGCACCUCUACUUGGGCGACUUUGAGGUUGAUUUUAUGAAUCUCAAGGCACCGUUAGUCUUGUUCAUUCUCGACCGACGAAUGUCCAAGUCGGCCAAUAACAUGGGCAUAUACAAGAUAAUUGGGAGAAUGGUAACCAAGGCAAACACCUCUCUCCAGCCGUCAGAUGAGAUAUUAGGGGCAGAUGCCUUCAGAAGAGCUUGUGAGAAAGCUGGGAAUCAGAGGCUGGAGCCAUUCUGGAACCAGUGGGUACUCUCUUCCGGUUGCCCUAGGUUCGACGUGAAUCAACGGUUUAAUAAAAAGCGGCUCUGCGUUGAGAUGACAAUUCAACAGAAGCAAGACGCCGCUUAUCGUACCGUCAAAGCACUAGACAAGGACGAUUUCUGGAGAGGUGUUAUGGAAGAGAACCAUGCUGUCUACGCUAGCGAACCUCAGCAAUCGUUCACUGGACCAAUGACCAUUCGAAUCCACGAGGCAGAUGGCACACCCUACGAACACAUAGUAGAAAUUCGAGAGGAUGCGGCCAAGUCUGUCAAAUUCGAUAUCCCUUACAACACGAAAUACAAACGACUAAAGAGGAAUCGUCGGCAACGUGAAAGGCAAUUAGCUAGUAAUACGAGGGCAACCGACGAUGCACCUAGGGAUAUCUACUAUUUAGGAGACGUCAUACAGCAACCAGAUGAGAUGGAAGCCUGGGAGUUCCGUGAAUGGGAUGACGAGACAGAAACUAAGAUGGACCAGGAGUCCUACGAAUGGAUUCGCAUGGAUGCCGACUUCGAAUGGAUUUGCGAGAUGCAAACUAACAUGCCUGCUUAUAUGUACGCGUCGCAGCUACAGCAAGAUAGGGAUGUUGUCGCGCAGCAAGACUCGAUGUGCUACCUCCAUCGAGUCUACUCCACAGUCGGCCCACAUCCUCUCAUGUCGACGAUUUUAGCUCGUACCGUCUUAGAUGCCAGGUACUACUACGGAAUACGCCUGAUGGCGAUUGAUGAGCUCCCUCGCCAUGCUACCAAGGAAGCCACCAACUGGGGGUUGAAACAUCUGCUUAAGACUUACCAGCACUUCUUUUGCAUUCCUGGAACGUCUACUCCCCUUCCAAAUGACUUCUCGGAUAAGCGCCAGUACCUUGUACAAUGUGCUAUUCUAGAGGCUAUUGCUCGCAUUCGUGGAGAAGACGGCAAGUGUCCCAAAGAAGUACGAAGGUUCAUCCUUGAGCAGCUUCAACAUAAUGACAACAGAUACAACAUUUAUUCCGAUCAGCCGUACAUCUGUGGAUUAAUCAAGGCUUUGGCCAUCUGUCAAAUCCCGGACGACAGGGCCAAACAGAAAAAGGCUGUCCCCUUCGGUCCUAUAGAUGCUGAUGAGGACGAAGCGAUGGCUGAGCCCGUCGACACUGAGCCAGAGGAGUUUCGCGACUUAGUACUCGAAGAGAUUGACCGCUUCCGUAGGAUGGACGAGCAUUCACCAUCGUUCGAGAAUUGUUUUACCAUCGCCGCCCUUGACGCUUACUGCCGUCUGAUGAAGGCAGAAGUCAUAAAGAAAAACCCCGCCAGGUUCAUCGAGUACCUACAGGACAGAACUUAUGAUGUCGUCCGUAUAAAAGCUUGUGAAUCGCUUGUGGAAAUAGGCAUGUUGGCCAAUAAAAGUUUCCUCCGAAUGUUCCUUCUCCUUGCUAGCACAGACCCUUCGCCAUUCGUUCGAGAGCGGAUAUUUAAAGCGUUGUGUCGUGGUCUUGCUAGCAUGGCUAUUGGAGAAGGUGAGCAGGUAGAGGAGAAGGCGCCAACCCAGCCAGCAGAGGAUGGUCUCAUCGUCGAACAGGAUGAUGCUGUGAUGGAGGCUAAUAAAAUCGCGAAAGCUCGCAAAGAGGAUCUCUCUGCUGCUCUUACGGCGUUGAAAGCUAAGACCACCGACGACGAAGACUUGCAGGAGGCCAUUUGGAAAGCAAUGGACUCGCCCGUUCUGACUACGACAGAACAACUCAAAUUCCUUGAGCUCUGCUCAGUGCUAUUCGAUGAAGAUCAGUCGUUGAUGAUGUGUUUCCCUUACCCUAGUUAUUGGAAAGCGGAACGCGGGGAGAGGAUUCGGAACAAAUGCCUCAUGAAGUUUAAGCGGCGUUAUAGAACAAAGCCGCGCAAACCACGAGUCAUUCCUAAACCACCUCCACCUAGGCCUGAGCCUAAGCGAACCAUCACUUUGAAUCUUAACCGGAGUAUGAGUGUGGGCGCAAAGGCAGCAACGCCAACAGCCGAAGCCCCGCCGCCUCCGCCUCCAGCCGCUCCAACUUCGAAGUUCUCAGGUACCAUCUCUACUCCAAAGGUUACUAUACCGCCUUUGAAGCAACCACCUGUGUCGAAAGAAAAGGUCUCUACGCCUUCUGUGAAAGAACCCGCUUCACAAGAACCCGCGCCAAAGAAGUUAAAACAAUCUAUCACUGCCUCCGUAUCUCGGGGUGCUACUCCAUCAGCGUCUCAAGAGAAGCCAAAGGAUAAGCUAAAGAUAGGCGAGCCUCAUAGGGAUAGUAUCUCUGUUCAGACCCCUGUACGGCCUACCAUUGAGCUUCAACAGUCUGAGCCAAAGCCAGCAGUUCCUAAGGUCAACGGAAGCACCCAACCAGCACCGGCGAAACUUCCGAAACCUUCAAAGCCUAUAAAGAGGGCGAGUACGGAGAGCGAAGGUUCUCGGCCAACCAAGUUUGUCAAGCUCAAUACUUCCAAAAUUCCAAGAAAGGAACUGGAGAAACUUCAGAAGCGACAGAAAGUACGGAAGCCGAGGAGACUUGUGACGGUGAAGUUUACCGCUUGGGAUAGACUGCGUAAAGGAAAGAGCAAGACGCCGCAAGCAGGCUCGAUUCGAGCUACGCCUAAGCACCGUAGGCCCGAUGAUAAGUCUAGCGGUAAAAGUCCGCGUCCCUCUAUUGGCCCAGCCUCACCUGCGCCUAGGAUCUCGGAUUCUGCUCAGAUCGGAGCAUCUUCGACAGCCAUGUCAUCUUCUCAGAAUCCGACCGCUACCCCUAAUAGUUCCUUCAAAUCCGCAUCCCAAUCAUCUCAACUAGGCUCAAAUAGCGAGAAAAAGCGAAAGCCCCUCCCGGAGAUGCGCAAGCCGCUCCCGUCGGCGGCACCGACUAACGUUCCCACGCCGUCGUCGAAGCAGCCCUCAUCCGUCCCGGCUGCGGCACCUAAAGGUCCCACGAAGCUGAAGAUCAAGUUAAAGACCCCUACUUCAGGGUCUACUUAGGAUAUGAAACACGAGUAGAGCCACAUCAACAUUCUCUCUCCAGUACACGAUCAGAAGUCACCACAUUCCUCUACGCUUAUGGUUCUUUUUUACGUGUUUUUUUCCCUUACUUCUUUUUUUUCCCUCCAUCACGUUUUUGCAUGGCAGGCAUGGCAUCGGCGUUGGGAGCCGGAACGAGAGGAUAUGACAACCCCAAGGCCGAAAAAUGCCUUAUCUCCCUUUUGUUUUUUUUUGUUCGAGCUUGCGUUGCGUUGUCAGGUUGAGUUUUUAUUCCGCCACCGAUCAGGUAAUGGGACGGAACGAAGUUGGUUUGCCUUGAGCCACGGGGACAAGAUGAGGAAAUAGGUACGAGUUGCAAAGGGACAUACGAACACUACAUAAGCACAAACUACCAAAAAAAAGCCUGCUACGACUACGUUACGUCUACCCCCAUGGCUACGACAACCCGCCACCUCACCUAUUUACCUCCUAAAGGAUGUUUACCGGUACCGUGCGAUGGCGAAGGAAGGGGAGGAAUAUGGACGGGUCAAGUUGAUAGGAUGAGAGGGGACGGCUGGGCUUGGCUGUGCUGUAACGUGUGGAUGUGUACGGAUAAGGAUAGUGAAAUCACAUAAAGUGCGUUGAACAAAUGAGAUUUAAACAUAAU